GAUGCCUUCAAGUUUCCAUUUUUAUUACAUCGUCAAUUCUCACGCCUUCCAGUGGCCUUCCUCAACUUCGCAUGGCUGACAAUAAUAAUAUUAUAAAUAUGCAAGAGAAAGACCAUUCCGCUUCAGCAUUCAAGAAUUCAAAUCAGAUUUCUAAGCUUAACGGAAAUGGCCGCCAUCAAUACCUCCUGUCCCUCAACAACAACAAGAGCAACAGCAGCAGCAGCAGCUCUCUCUUGCCGACGAGCCAAAAACUUGAACUUCCUGCAUGGAUUACGUGAUGUAAAUUCAAUUUUUGGAAGUGGAUAUGCAUCAAAGUCGAGCUUCAUCCAGCUGGCUAGCAAAUUACCAUUUUGUGCAAAGGAUUUUGGAAAAACUAAAGCAGUGUCGAAAACUGGGGAUGACCUGCUGUCCUAUUCGAAUGAAAAUGGCCAUGCAGCAACAAGUGAACCUGGGGUACAGCUACAGCCUGAUGCAACAGCAGCAUUUGGAUUACUCACAGCAGAUACAGCUCCCACAAGUUUUCCCAUUGUUAAUGAUGACUUGGAUCAUCCCACAAAAGGCUUUUCUUCUAUCCCUGAGGCCAUUGAAGACAUUCGCCAUGGAAAGAUGGUGAUAGUAGUAGAUGAUGAGGACAGAGAAAAUGAAGGAGAUCUGAUAAUGGCAGCAGAACUUGCUACUCCAGAAGCCAUGGCUUUUAUUGUGAAGCAUGGAACUGGGAUUAUUUGUGUGAGCAUGAAAUCGGAAGAUCUGGAAAGAUUGAAACUUCCCUUGAUGGUAACCGAGAAGGAAAAUGAUGAGAGUCUCUCUACUGCGUUUACCAUAACAGUGGAUGCAAAACAUGGUACAACCACAGGGGUGUCUGCGCAAGACAGGGCAACAACAGUGUUGGGUCUUGCUUCACAAGAUUCAAAAGCUGAGGAUUUCAACCGUCCAGGGCAUAUUUUUCCAUUGAGGUACAGGGAGGGUGGCGUUUUGAAAAGAGCUGGACAUACAGAAGCUUCUGUUGAUCUUGCCGUACUAGCUGGUUUAAAGCCUGUUGGGGUUCUGUGUGAAAUUGUGGAUGAUGAUGGCUCCAUGGCUAGGUUACCAAAGCUUCGUGAAUUUGCUCAAAGAGAGAACUUGAAGAUUAUAUCAAUUGCAGAUUUGAUCAGGUAUAGGAGGAAGACAGAUAAAUUAGUAGAUUUUGCUGGUAAUGCAAGGAUACCUACAAUGUGGGGCCCAUUCACAGCGUACUGCUAUCGAUCAAUCUUAGAUGGGAUUGAGCAUAUUGUAAUGGUUAAGGGUGAUGUUGGAGAUGGGCAAGAUAUUCUUGUGAGGGUACAUUCAGAGUGCCUUACAGGAGACAUUUUUGGAUCCAAAAGAUGUGACUGUGGGAGCCAGCUUGCACUUGCAAUGAAGAAAAUUGAGGCUGCAGGAAGGGGUGUGGUGGUAUAUCUCCGUGGGCAUGAAGGAAGAGGAAUUGGUUUGGGCCAUAAGCUCCGUGCUUAUACCCUCCAGGAUGCUGGGCGUGAUACGGUAGAAGCAAAUGAGGAGUUGGGAUUGCCCGUAGAUUCACGAGAAUAUGGCAUUGGUGCUCAGAUGCUAAGGGACUUGGGAGUUCGAACAAUGAAGUUGAUGACAAACAAUCCUUCAAAAUAUAUUGGGCUCAAGGGUUAUGGUUUAGAAAUUGUAAGCAGAGUCCCACUUGUGACUCCUAUCACCAAGGAAAACCAGAGAUACCUGGAGACAAAACGUGCUAAAAUGGGGCAUGUCUAUGGAUUAGAAUUUGAUGGUCGCUUCAGUAAUCUCAUCGGUCAAGCGAGUGUUAACACUCCAUCAGGUGCUGUCUAACUGAACGCAAAUGACAUUCAUUCGUUUGUUUUCUUACAAUUAAUUUGCGGGUAAGAACUGCAAAUUCUGAAAAUUCAUCCUCCUUGUGGGUUGUCUUGUUUGUGGCCCUUGACGGCUGUUUACAAAUUAGUGUAUUAUGCAUCACUAAUAACAUUCUGAGAAUAAUAAUAGCCUUUUACAUUCCCUGUCCUUUUGUGAUUGAUAAAAAAAAGUCGAUGGAAAAGGCUUUAGCUUCUUAGAAAGAAACUACUCCAGAUUUGGGAUUAAUAAUAAUAACAUUGUUAGUUUAUGAA